GCACGGAGGGAGAGAAAAUGUUCACUGGAGCUUAUGAUUAAAUCGCUAUUUUUGUUCUUGUGAGAUUUAAGAAAACAAACUCUUCUUCAUGCUGCCUUUGUGGAAAACCAUUUGAUGGGUCUAGAAGCAAGGAAGGGCUCAGUUAAAGAAACAACUAACACAGAUUGCACCAAACCGGUUCAAGUUUAACCUGUGUGGAGUAGAAUUACUCCCCCUGACCAGCGUGGACUAAUGAUGUCUCUAAUGGUUCACCUGAAGACGGUCGCUCACCUUCGGGGGAAAGGUGACAGGAUCGCCAAAGUUACAUUCAGAGGUCUGCCUUUCUUCAGCCGUGUGGCUGAGAACUGCGAGGAGGUGGCCAACUUUAAUGAGACAUUUCGAUGGCCCAUUGCCAGCAGGCUUGAUGGAAACGAGAUGCUGGAGAUCCAAGUGUACAACUACAGCAAAGUGUUUUCCAACAGACUGGUGGGGACCUUCUCCAUGGUACUUCAGAAGGUGGCUGAGGAGGGACACCUGGAGCUCACGGACACACUCAUCGAUGAUAACAACACGUCAAUAAAGACCAGUGUUACCAUAGAGAUCAGAUACCAGUCCAUGGAUGGAACAGUGGGAGUAUGGAGUGACGGAGAGUUCCUGGAUGUUCCUGAUGACCGUGACGGGAUGUUUGCCUUUGAAACAGACAGCCUACUGUCAGGACAGAGCCACGGAUCAGGAACUUCUCCCGGAAGAUCCCUACAGGGAUCCAUACCUACAUUCAGGAAAGCAGGGAAAGGAGUUUUCUCAGCCAUGAAGCUCGGCAAGAUCAAGAGCUCCAGAGACGAUCACAGGAAAUCAGAUGAGCCGGCGGUCCUGGACAUGGAGGACCUGGACAGGAGGGCAAUGCGCCUUGCUGGAGCCAUGGACCCCGACACGAUCUCUCUGGCCUCUGUCACUGCGGUCACCACCAACGUCUCCAAUAAGAGGUCAAAGCCAGAUAUCAAGAUGGAGCCAAGUUCUGGACGACCAGUGGACUAUCAGAUCAGCAUCACAGUGAUCGAGGCCCGACAGCUGAUUGGCCUCAACAUGGACCCCGUGGUGUGCGUGGAGAUUGGAGAUGAUAAGAAAUACACGUCUAUGAAGGAGUCCACCAACUGUCCGUACUACAAUGAGUACUUUGUCUUUGAUUUCCACGUCCCUCCUGACGUCAUGUUUGACAAGAUCAUCAAGCUAUCAGUUAUUCACUCUAAAAAUCUGCUUCGGAGUGGGACCUUGGUGGGAACCUUCAAGAUGGAUGUGGGGACCGUUUAUUCUCAGCCUGAACAUCAGUUUUACCACAAGUGGGCCAUCAUGUCCGACCCUGAUGACAUCACAGCGGGGUGUAAGGGAUAUAUCAAGUGUGACAUCGCUGUGGUCGGGAAGGGCGACAACAUUAAGACCCCGCACAAGGCCAACGAGACGGAUGAAGACGACAUAGAGGGGAACCUCCUCCUCCCAGAAGGCAUUCCAGCAGAGAGGCAGUGGGCAAGGUUUUAUGUGAGGAUCUACCGUGCUGAGGGACUUCCUAAGAUGAACACCAGCAUCAUGGCUAACGUGAAGAAGGCCUUCAUAGGAGAGAACAGAGACCUGGUGGACCCUUACGUUCAAGUGCAGUUUGCUGGCCAGAAAGGGAAGACUUCAGUCCAGAAGAGCAGUUAUGAACCGAUCUGGAACGAGCAGGUCAUCUUCACUGAGUUGUUCCCUCCACUCUGCAAACGAAUGAAGGUCCAGAUACGGGACUCUGACAAGGUCAACGACGUUGCUAUCGGAACUCACUUCAUUGACCUACGAAAGAUUUCAAAUGAUGGUGACAAAGGGUUUCUGCCCACUUUGGGUCCUGCUUGGGCCAACAUGUACGGCUCCACACGUCAGUACACUCUGAUGGACGAACACCAGGACCUGAACGAGGGCCUGGGGGAAGGUGUUUCAUUCAGAAGCCGUCUCCUGCUUUCCAUCGCUGUAGAGAUCCUGGACACCACAUCUCCUGAGAUCAUUAGCUCCACUGACGUGCAGAUAGAGAAUGUCUCCAACAUCUCGGAGAGCGCCACUGGGAAAAUGGAUGAGUUCUUCCUCUUCGGUGCCUUCCUGGAGGCCACCAUGAUCGACAGGAAGAUCGGUGACAAGGCGAUAAGUUUUGAAAUCACAAUCGGUAACUAUGGCAACCAAAUAGACGGCGUAAGCAAGCCUUCAUCAACAAAGAAGAAGAAGAAGGACGGAGACAAUGAAGAAGAAGAGAACGAACUCAUCCAGAACUCGAGUGAGGACGAGGCAGAUGAGGAUGGGGACCUGGUCUCUGUGUCUACCACCCCUCUGAUGAAGCCUGUCAUCACAGACAGAAAUUACUUCCAUCUCCCCUACUUUGAAAAGAAGCCGUGUGUCUACAUCAAAAGCUGGUGGCAGGACCAGAGAAGACGACUCUAUAACUCAAACAUGAUGGACAAGAUUGCUGAUAAGCUGGAGGAGGGUUUGAAUGAUGUUCAGGAGAUCAUUAAGACGGAGAAGGCUUUUCCAGAGCGCAGACUCAGGGGAGUGCUAGAGGAGCUCAGUGUCGGCUGCAGUCGCUUCGUGACUCUGGCUAACAAGGACGUGAACCAGGCAGGAAGGACCAAACUGGAUCGAGAACGGCUCAAGUCCUGCAUGAGAGAGAUGGACAGCAUGGCCCAGCAGACCAGGCAGAUCCGCACUCAGGUGAAGAAAAACACAGUCAAAGAGAAAGUCAAGCUGGUGCAGAACUUCCUGCAGAAGCUCCGAUUCCUUGCUGACGAGCCUCAACACAGCAUCCCAGAUGUUUUCGUCUGGAUGAUGUCCAACAACAAGCGCAUCGCCUAUGCCCGGGUUCCUUCCAAAGACAUUCUGUACUCCAUAGUUGACGAGGAAACAGGAAAAGACUGCGGGAAAGUCAAAGCUGUCUUCCUCAAGCUGCCUGGUAAGAAAGGGUUCGGUCAUGCUGGCUGGACAGUUCAGGCUAAGCUUGAGUUGUAUCUGUGGCUCGGCCUCAACAAACAGAGGAAGGACUUCCUCAAGGGUCUGCCUAACGGUUUCGAGGAGGUCAAAGCGAUAAACACUGGCCCUGUUCUUCAAUCUAUACCUCCUGUCAGCCUUGUCUACGAUAUGAAGCAAGUGUUUCAGCUGCGAGCACACAUGUACCAGGCCCGCAGUCUGUUUGCAGCUGACAGCAGUGGCCUUUCAGAUCCCUUCGCUCGGGUCUUCUUCUCCACGCACAGCCAGGUCACCGAGGUCCUCAGUGAGACUCUUUGCCCUACAUGGGACCAGCUGCUGGUGUUUGAUAACGUGGAGCUGUUUGGGGAGGCCAGCGAGCUGAGAGACGACCCGCCCAUCAUCGUGGUGGAGAUCUAUGACCAGGACACUGUGGGCAAGGCAGAGUUCAUCGGUCGGACCUUUGCGAAGCCCACCAUCAAGAUGUGUGACGAGCACUACGGCCCCCCGAGGUUCCCCCCACAGCUGGAGUACUACCAGGUGUACAGAGGGAACUGCACUGCUGGGGAACUGCUGGCUGCAUUUGAACUUUUGCAGAUUCCUUUUGAUGAGGAGUCGAUAAGGCGAGCUCUGAUCGCUGUCCAUAACUUUGCUGUGCCUCAGAUAAAGGUUGGUCAAGGUGGGAGGGCUGAUCUUCCCCCCCUUGAAGGGCCAACAGACUCGGAGCAUGGACCCAUUCUGCCCGUGCCGUUGGGAAUACGACCUGUUCUGAGUCGCUACCGCAUAGAGGUUCUGUUCUGGGGCCUAAGGGACCUGAAGAGGAUCAACCUUGCUCAGGUGGAUCGGCCGCGUGUGGACAUAGAGUGUGCAGGAAGAGGAGUGCAGUCUGUCCUCAUCCAGAACUACAAGAAGAACCCGAACUUCAGCACCCUGGUUAAAUGGUUUGAGGUGGACCUUCCAGAGAAUGAGCUUCUCCACCCUCCUCUCAAUAUCCGGGUGGUGGAUUGUCGGGCGUUUGGCCGUUACAUCCUGGUGGGGUCGCACGCUGUCACCAGCCUGAGACGUUUCAUCUACAGCACUCCAGACAAGACGUCCAACAACUGGGCCACUGCAGCUAAACUCAUGAAUGGCUACAUGGUACUUACAAAUGGCGGCUCCCAGCCUCGCUCCUCACCCAGCCUUUCCUCCCGCACGUUCUCUCGCCCUGCAGGUGACAUCCUCGUCAACGUGGACGCAGACCCUUCAAUCAGAAAGAUGGACACAGUUGUUAAGCUGGAUGCAACGUCUGACGCUGUAGUAAAAGUUGACAUGACUGAAGAGGAGAGCGACAAAGACAAAAAGAAGAAGAAAAAGAAGAAGAAGGGCGGAGUAGAAGAAGAAGAUGAGACGGACGAGAGGAUGCUGGAUUGGUGGUCCAAAUAUUUUGCUUCAAUCGAGACACUGAAGGAGACGCUCAGGGCACAGGAGGCGGCUCAGGCCGAGGCGGAGGAGAGAGAGGACCUGGAAAUAGCUGCAGAGGCAGGAGAUUUCAAACCCGAUGACCUUCUUCUGAAAGGCUCCAAGACAAAAGAGAAGAACAAAGAGAAGAAGGGCUUCAAGGACAAGAAGAAGGGUCCGACUGCGGACGGCACUGAGAAAAAACCUGUUAAAGCAAAAGUGGAUGAGCUCUUGGUGUACAACAAGGAGCUGGAGAGUGAGUAUGGGAACUUUGAAGACUGGCUCCACACUUUCAACCUGUACAGAGGGAAGGCUGGGGAUGAUGAUGAACAUGCUCUGGAUGAUGACAGGAUUGUUGGAAGAUUCAAAGGAUCCUUGUGUAUGUACAAGCUACCUCUGUCUGAGGAGAUCACAAGGGAGGCGGGAUUUGAUCCAAAUAUGGGAAUGUUUCAGAGCAUUCCUCACAACGAUCCAAUCAACGUCCUCGUCCGUGUCUAUGUUGUCCGGGCUACUGACCUUCAUCCUGCUGACAUCAAUGGGAAGGCUGAUCCUUACGUCGUCAUUAAGUUGGGCAAAACGGAGGUCAAAGACAAAGAGAACUACAUCUCCAAACAGCUCAAUCCUGUGUUUGGAAAAUCGUUUGACAUCGAGGCCACGUUCCCCAUGGAGUCCAUGCUGACCGUGUCAGUGUACGACUGGGACCUGGUCGGCACUGAUGAUCUGAUUGGAGAGACAAAGAUCGACUUGGAGAAUCGUUUCUACAGCAAAUACAGAGCCACCUGCGGCAUUUCAUCCAACUACUCUGUCCAUGGAUACAAUGUUUGGCGGGACCCUCUGAAGCCCACUCAGAUCCUAGCCAAGCUCUGUAAGGAUGGCAAGACUGAUGCACCUCAGUAUGGACCAGGAGGAAAAGUCAAGGUGGCAAAUCGAAUCUUUACGGGAGCCACAGAGAUUGAAGACGAAAAUGGUCUGAAGAAGCAGACUGAGGAGCAUUUGGCUCUGACGGUGCUGAACCACUGGGAGGAGAUCCCUCGGGUGGGCUGCAAGCUGGUCCCUGAACACGUGGAGACCAGACCCCUGCUGAACGUCGACAAACCCGGAAUAGAACAGGGCCGCAUUGAGAUGUGGGUGGACAUGUUUUCUAUGGACAUGCCUGCUCCUGGUCCUGCGAUUGAAAUAUCACCACGGAAACCAAAGAGAUAUGAGCUCAGGGUGAUUAUUUGGAAUACAGACGAAGUUAUACUGGAGGACGAUGAUUACUUCACUGGGGAAAAGUCCAGUGACAUAUUUGUCAGGGGAUGGCUGAAAGGUCAGCAGGAGGACAAGCAGGACACAGAUGUGCACUAUCACUCUCUGACCGGUGAGGGAAACUUCAACUGGCGCUUUGUGUACCCCUUCGAUUACCUCAUGGCUGAGGAGAAGAUCGUUAUCUCGAAGAAAGAGUCCAUGUUCUCCUGGGAUGAGACAGAAUAUAAGAUCCCUCCUCGCCUCACGCUGCAGGUCUGGGACGCCGACCACUUCUCUGCUGAUGACUUCCUGGGUGCGAUCGAGCUGGACCUGAACCGGUUCCCCCGCGGCGCCAAGACAGCCAAGCAGUGUUCCCUCAACAUGAUCCGAAAUGAGCAUGAGCUGCCCACCAUUUCCAUCUUCAAACAGAAGAGGGUGAAGGGCUGGUGGCCCUUUGUAGCCCGUGAUGAGAACGAUGAGAUGGAGCUCACGGGUAAGGUAGAGGCGGAGCUUCAUCUGGUCACAGCAGAGGAGGCAGAGAAAAGUCCUGUAGGACUGGGAAGAAAUGAGCCGGAUCCACUGGAGAAACCAAAUCGGCCAGACACCACCUUCCUGUGGUUCCUGAGCCCGCUGAAAGCCAUCCGCUACCUGAUCUGCAACCGCUACAAGUGGCUGAUCAUCAAGAUCGUGCUGGCCAUGCUGCUGCUCAUCAUGCUGGGCCUCUUCCUCUACAGCAUGCCGGGCUACCUCGUCAAGAAGCUGCUAGGGGCCUGAAAGCCAGUCGAGAGAGAGAGAGGAAGGGAGGGUGGGAGGGAAAAGGGGACGACCACCCGGAAAGAUGGAAGGUUGGAUGGAGAAGACAAAAAGUACAAGGAGUCUCGCUCACAGGGGGGGGAGGCAGAGGGAGGAGGAGGCACUUUAGAGAUCCAAUUGCAAUACUUUUCCUCCUCUGUUUUCCAUUCUGAUCAUCCUAAACAGCACCUCCCAUUACCUAGAAGAGACGCUGACCCCUCCUCAAAAGACAUUUUUCCACUAACUGUCUACUCCUCCAUCCAAUCUGCAGCAUCCUAUCAAAUCUAACGUUCAGAAUCUGGACUCCAUCCUUGAACUGAACUCAAAAGCAAUCAUUUGCCGCUCGAGUUGUUACAUGACUCUGAAUGUUUCUUUUUCUGUUUAAACAGUUUAUCAAGCUAAAUCCAAGUGUUGUGUUGGUGGUCAGAUGAUUGCAUGGACGUUCAUUUCGAGUGAUGCUUUAAGAUCUCCCAUUCCAGCUAAAGUGUUGAGAUAAAUAGAAAUUAAAUGAACAAUGUUUUCGUAGCACUUGGCUCUAUCAACCCUUAUUUAGAAUGAAUAAGCACUAUAUAAACAUUGAAUGUAGUUGUAAGCUGAUAUGGUAUUUUGAUGUGUUUAUUAAUGUACAGCAUCUGUGAAUGAAAACUUCUCCUGUGGAUACCAGUUUUACAUUAUAACACUAGAGCUUUUAAAUAUGUUCUUUUAUCUGUGUAUGCACCAGCCACAUGUAUCAGCUUACAAUUACAUGUAUUCUAUGUUUAUAUACUGCUCAUAGAUAAUAUGUAGGGGGUUAUAAUAAGUGUGAACUUUUCUUUUAAAUAUUGAGAUCUGCGACAUUUGCACACUUAAAGAAUAUGAUGAAGAAAAAAACAAAGAUGUCUAUUUUCCUAAUUAAAUCCCUUAGAUUAAAAUGAGACAAAGGUCAAGAUAACUUCCAAAUGAUUUCAAUAUCUUUACAGACUUAAUGCAUAUUUAAUCUCCUGAAUCAAAGCAACACAGUUAGACUUCGUUCAAACAGAAUUUGCAAACUAAAAAAUAUAUAUAUAUACAUUAAUAUAUUUGAUCCUUUUUAUAAUUAUAUGGUACAAGACAAGCACAGCUCAGCAGUCUUUCAGUGAUGCACACUUCAUCAUUAUUCAAAUAUCUUUGCAUAUAAAUGCUCCGCAGCUCACUGUGAUAAUCCCCACUGUUAAAACCUGCACACCAGAAUCACAGAAAUGAUUUGCACUUUUCUGUUUGACUUAAUCUGACUUAUAAGUCCUUUAAAGCAACAAAAACAUCACAGUUACUACUGUUAUCUACCAAAAUGUCAAUAUGCAUGCAUCAUUGUGAUAACUGACCACAGAGGUCAUGUGUGUUGGCAUGAAAAUCCAAAUGAACUACCCUGUUGUCUUUAACAUUACAGUUAAUGUAUAAAUAUGAUUAAAGUGCACUUGAGUGAAGCUGUAAAAGGAAGUACGGUUUAUUUCACAAAACUCUGAAUCCAUCUUUGAAUCAGUCGGCGUUGUUUGCAGUGUCUGUUACUCCGUUUCAAAUUUGCCUGCUUGACCUCAUUUGUGUUACAGUCUGUGAUUCUGUUUCACCAAUUUACAGAGUUAAUGUUUGCACUGAACUUGCCUGUUUUUACAAUGAAUCUGUGUUUAUAUAUCUGUUUAAAAGUGUGUAAUAUUUAUUUUCUGUCUGUUUUGGCAAUUUGAAAUAAACCGAUUUCCAUGGU